ACUUUUCAAGUCAAUUCAUUUUCUGGGUUUUUCUCUAUUUUGAAUCUUAUCUUACCUAAAGGUUUAGCGUGUUAGGCUGAAGAUUGAAGAGUAACCAUGGAUCUCAAUCUCGGAAAAUGCUGUGGUUCUCGUUCUUCUAAGAAGGAAUCAUGGAGAUCGGUUUUGCUUCUUGCUUAUCAGAGUCUUGGUGUUGUCUAUGGAGACUUGAGUAUCUCUCCGCUUUAUGUCUUUAAGAGCACUUUUGCUGAAGACAUUCAACAUUCAGAGACCAAUGAAGAGAUCUACGGUGUUAUGUCUUUUGUUUUCUGGACUCUAACUUUGGUUCCUUUGCUUAAGUAUGUCUUCAUUGUCCUCCGAGCUGAUGAUAACGGAGAAGGUGGAACUUUUGCUUUGUACUCAUUGAUCUGCCGUCACGUCAAAGUUAGCCUCCUCCCAAACCGACAAGUCUCUGAUGAGGCACUGUCCACUUAUAAGCUGGAGCAUCCACCGGAGCAGAACCAUGAUUCGUGUGUGAAAAGAUAUCUCGAGAAGCACAAGUGGUUACACACUGCUUUGCUGCUUCUUGUUCUUCUUGGGACUUGUAUGGUUAUUGGAGAUGGACUUCUCACUCCAGCUAUCUCCGUUUUCUCUGCUGUGUCAGGUCUUGAGCUGAAUAUGUCUAAAGAACAUCACCAAUAUGCAGUAAUUCCUAUUACCUGCUUCAUAUUAGUCUGCCUUUUCUCGCUUCAGCAUUUUGGGACUCAUCGUGUUGGGUUUGUUUUCGCGCCCAUUGUCCUCACUUGGCUGCUCUGUAUAAGUGGUAUUGGCUUGUACAAUAUAAUACAGUGGAAUCCUCAUAUUUACAAAGCUCUCUCUCCUACAUACAUGUUCAUGUUCUUGAGAAAGACGAGAGUAAGUGGAUGGAUGUCCCUAGGCGGGAUUCUGUUGUGUAUAACUGGUGCUGAGGCCAUGUUUGCUGAUCUUGGUCACUUCAAUUAUGCAGCAAUUCAGAUUGCAUUUACCUUCCUGGUUUAUCCGGCUCUUAUAUUGGCAUACAUGGGGCAAGCUGCUUACUUAUCCCGCCAUCACCAUUCUGCUCAUGCGAUUGGGUUUUACGUCUCUGUGCCAAAAUGUUUGCACUGGCCUGUGCUUGCUGUAGCAAUUCUUGCUUCUGUUAUUUACAUACCAGAGAUUAACUGGAUGCUCAUGAUUCUCUGCAUCGCUGUUACUAUCGGGUUUAGAGAUGUAAAACACCUGGGAAAUGCAUCAGGUUUGGCUGUAAUGGCGGUUAUGCUAGUGACGACAUGUCUUACCUCAUUGGUCAUUGUUCUUUGCUGGCACAAGCCUCCGAUUCUAGCCCUCGCGUUCCUUCUCUUUUUCGGAUCAAUAGAACUUCUUUACUUCUCGGCCUCACUCACCAAAUUCCGUGAAGGCGCUUGGCUUCCCAUCCUAUUAUCCCUAAUUUUCAUGAUCAUCAUGUUUGUUUGGCAUUACACCACCAUAAAAAAAUACGAGUUUGAUCUCCAGAACAAAGUCUCGCUUGAAUGGCUUCUUGCACUGGGUCCAAGCCUCGGAAUUACUCGAGUCCCCGGUAUCGGUUUAGUCUUCACAGACUUAACCUCUGGAAUCCCCGCCAAUUUCUCCCGGUUCGUCACCAACCUCCCUGCUUUCCACCGUGUACUCGUCUUUGUCUGCGUGAAAUCUGUGCCUGUCCCAUUCGUUCCGCCUGCUGAGAGAUAUCUCGUGGGCCGUGUGGGUCCCGUUGACCACCGCUCUUACCGCUGCAUUGUUCGGUAUGGAUACCGUGACGUCCAUCAAGACGUGGAUUCAUUCGAAACUGAGCUCGUGAGCAAGCUUGCGGAUUUCAUCCGUUACGACUGGCACAAAAGAACACAACAAGAAGACGACAACGCUCGGUCAGUGCACUCCAACGAAUCCUCAAGCGAGUCAAGACUGGCCGUGAUCGGAACAGUAGCUUACGAAAUAGAAGACAAUCUCCAACCAGAGAGCGUCUCAAUCGGAUUCUCCACAGUCGAAAGCAUGGAAGACGUCAUACAAAUGGCCGAAGCAGCCCCAACCGCCACCAUAAGACGGGUGAGGUUUGCACUUGAGGAAAACAGUUACGAGGACGAAGGAUCAUCGUCGUCCGCAGAGGCAGAAGCAGAACUGAGAAGCGAGCUGAGGGAUUUGCUGGCAGCGCAAGAAGCAGGGACGGCAUUUAUAUUGGGACAUUCACAUGUAAAAGCGAAACAAGGAUCAUCGGUGAUGAAGAGAUUGGCAGUUAAUUUCGGUUAUAAUUUCUUAAGGAGGAAUUGUAGAGGAGCUGACGUGGCUCUUAAGGUUCCACCUGUUUCUCUUUUAGAAGUCGGCAUGGUUUAUGUUGUUUGACUUAUAAAAACUAAAUAUAUGCAAACCUAAUUCCUCUGUUGUAAAUUCGUCAUGUUUAGCUUCAUAGAUCUCUGUUUCUGUGUUUGUUAGUGGUUUGACAAAUGGUUAGAUCAAGAUGGUCAAAGUUUAAUGAGAGAAUCAUAAAUAAAAGCUUACCGAACUU